AUGGACCAUUACUGCGUGAUCGAGGUUGUUGUGAGUGGGGGCUUUGGCCAGGCCGUUCUCUGCACUAGGAUCGCCGGCAACAAGGCGUGCAUCAUCAAGCAGAUUAACAUACCGAUGCUCUCGCCUGAGGCCCGUCGUGAGGCUCGCAAACAAGCGACUCUGCUCGAACACCUUUCGCACCCGAACAUCGUGGGCUUCUGGGAGAGUUUCUUCCACGGCCCGUCCGAAGGACUGCUUUGCAUUGUCAUGGACUACGCUGACGGAGGGGAUCUCGGUGACUACAUCAAGCAGCGAAAUGGGCGGUUGCUAGACGAGGAGCUGAUCUUUGACUGGUUUGUGCAGAUGACUUCCGCGCUGCGCUACAUCCACGAAAGCAAUUUUCUUCACAGAGACCUCAAGCCGAUGAACGUCUUUCUCACGGGCUCGGGGACGAUUAAACUCGGAGAUUUUGGCAUCGCCAAGGUUCUUGAGUGCACUGCCGACAUGGCCAGCACGAGAUGUGGUACGCCCGUUUACAUGGCCCCUGAGGUGCUGGACGACCAUCCAUUCGGUCACAAGGCCGACAUGUGGAGCUUGGGGUGCGUUCUGUACGAGAUGACCCAACUGCGUCGUCCGUUCGCAUCGGUGGCGAAGAUUCUCCAAACAGACCCGGAACCGAUACCAGCCAGGUACAGCACUGAGCUGCGGAGUCUCGUGGAAGAGCUGCUGCAGAAAGACCCUCAUGCACGCCCAAGCACCGACACAGUCUUACGAAGGCCUUCGAUCUUGUACAAGGCGCAGUUGGCGAGGUUCAAAGCAGCAAGGGCGAGCUCGGAGAAGCAGCUUGCAUCUUUACAAGCAGAGGCGGCGGACGCAAAGGCCAAAGCACAAAGCUGGGAGGUGGACGCGAAGGCGACGGGUGCAAGGGAAAGAAGGGCUGCGGCAGAGAGGGAAGCCGUACUACUUGCGUCAGGGUAUCGCGAAAUCGGAGAAAAAGAUAUCUGCUCUACGGCAGCGAAGAACGGAUAUCUUCAUGUCCUGCAAUGGGCGAGAACCAACGGAUGCCCCUGGAACGAAGACACGUGCUUUCGUGCGGCUGAGGGGGGACAUCUCGAUGUCCUGCAAUGGGCGAGAAGCAACGGAUGCCCCUGGAACGUAGCGACGUGUCAUGGCGCGGCUGAGGGGGGACAUCUUGAAGUCCUGCAAUGGGCGAGAAGCAACGGAUGCCCCUGGAACGAAUGGACGUGCAGCCGCGCGGCUAAGGGGGGACAUCUUGAAGUCCUGCAAUGGGCGAGAAGCAACGGAUGCCCCUGGGGCGAAUGGACGUGCCGUGGCGCGGCUGAAGGGGGACAUCUUGAAGUCCUGCAAUGGGCGAGAAGCAACGAAUGCCCCUGGGACGAACGGACGUGCCGCGGCGCGGCUUCGGGGGGACAUCUUGAUGUCCUGCAAUGGGCGAGAAGCAACGGAUGCCCCUGGAACGAAGACACGUGCUUUCGUGCGGCUGAGGGUGGACAUCUCGAUGUCCUGCAAUGGGCGAGAAACAACGGAUGCCCCUGGAACGUAGCGACGUGCCAUGGCGCGGCUGAGGGGGGGCAUCUUGAAGUACUGCAAUGGGCGAGAAGCAACGGAUGCCCCUGGAACGAAUGGACGUGCGGUUACCCGGCUAAGGGGGGACAUCUUGAAGUCCUGCAAUGGGCGAGAAGCAACGGAUGCCCCUGGGGCGAAUGGACGUGCCGUGGCGCGGCUUCGGGGGGACAUCUUGAAGUCCUGCAAUGGGCGAGAAGCAACGGAUGCCCCUGGAACGAAGGGACUUGCUUUGGCGCGGCUACGGGAGGACAUCUUGAUGUCCUGCAAUGGGCGAGAAACAACGGAUGCCCCUGGGACGAAUGGACGUGCAGUCGCGCGGCUUCGGGGGGACAUCAUGAUGUCCUGCAAUGGGCGAGAAGCAACGGAUGCCCCUGGGACGUAGCGACGUGCUUUCGUGCGGCUGAGGGUGGACAUCUCGAUGUCCUGCAAUGGGCGAGAAGCAACAGAUGCCCCUGGAACGAAACGACGUGCUGUUACGCGGCUGAGGGGAGAGAUCUUGAAGUCCUGCAAUGGGCGAGAAACAACGGAUGCCCCUGGGACAAACGGACGUGCAGUCACCUGGCUGAGGGGGGGCAUCUUGAAGUCCUGCAAUGGGCGAGAAUCAACGGAUGCCCCUGGGAUGAAGACACGUGCCGUGUCGCGGCUGAGGGGGGACAUCUUGAUGUCCUGCAAUGGGCGAGAAGCAACGGAUGCCCCUGGGACGAAGGCACGUGCUUUCGUGCGGCUGAGGGGGGACAUCUUGAUGUCCUGCAAUGGGCGAGAAGCAACGGAUGCCCCUGGAACGAAGGGACGUGCCUUGUCGCGGCUAAGGGGGGACAUCUUGAUGUCCUGCAAUCGGCGACAAGCAAUGGAUGCCCCUGUGACGAAUGGGCGUCCAGUUUCGUGGUGUUGGGGGGACAUCUUGAAGUCCUGCAAUGGGCGAGAAGCAACGGAUGCCCCUGGGACGAACGGACGUGCGGUGACGCGGCUGAGGGUGGACAUCUUGAUGUCCUGCAAUGGGCGAGAAGCAACGGAUGCCCCUGGGACGAAUCGACGUGCCGUGGCGCGGCUCAGAGGGGACAUCUUGAUGUCCUGCAAUGGGCGAUAAUCAACGGAUGCCCCUGGGACGAAGGGACGUGCCUUGCCGCGGCUUCGAGGGGACAUCUUGAAGUCCUGCAAUGGGCGAGAAGCAACGGAUGCCCCUGGGACGAAUGGACGUGCCGUGGCGCGGCUUCUGGGGGACAUCUUGAAGUCUUGCAGUGGGCGAGAAGCAACGGAUGCCCCUCGGACGAAUGGACGUGCAGUGACGCAGCUUCCGGCGGACAUCUUGAUGUCCUGCAAUGGGGGGGACAUCUUGAAGUCCUGCAAUGGGCGAGAAGCAACGGAUGCCCCUGGGGCGAAUGGACGUGCCGUGGCGCGGCUGAGGGGGGACAUCUUGAUGUCCUGCAAUGGGUGAGAAGCAGCGAAUGCCCCUGGAACGAAGACACGUGCUUUGGCGCGGCUUCGGGGGGACAUCUUGAAGUCCUGCAAUGGGCAAGAAGCAACGGAUGCCCCUGGGGCGAAUGGACGUGUCGUGGCGCGGCUUCGGGGGGACAUCUUGAAGUCCUGCAAUGGGCGAGAAGCAACGAAUGCCCCUGGAACGAAUGGACUUGCAGUCGCGCGGCUAAGGGGGGACAUCUUGAAGUCCUGCAAUGGGCUAGAAGCAAGGGAUGCCCCUGGACCGUAGCGACGUGCCAUGGCGCGGCUGAGGGUGGACGUCUUGAAGUCCUGCGAUGGGCGAGAAGCAACGGAUGCCCUUGGAACGAAUGGACGUGCGGUUACCCGGCUAAGGGGGGACAUCUUGAUGUCCUGCAAUGGGCGAGAAGCAACGGAUGCCCCUGGGGCGAAUGGACGUGCCGUGGCGCGGCUGAGGGGGGACAUCUUGAAGUCCUGCAAUGGGCGAGAAGCAGCGGAUGCCCCUGGAACGAAGACACGUGCUUUGGCGCGGCUAAGGGGGGACAUCUUGAUGUCCUGCAAUGGGCGAGAAGCAACGGAUGCCCCUGGGGCGAAUGGACGUGCCGUGGCGCGGCUUCUGGGGGACAUCUUGAAGUCCUGCAAUGGGCGAGAAUCAACGGAUGCCCCUGGAACGAAGGGACUUGCAGCGGCGCGGCUACGGGAGGAUACCUUGAAGUCCUGCAAUGGGCGAGAAACAACGGAUGCCCCUGGGACGAUUGGACGUGCAGUCGCGCCGCUAAAGGCGGACAUCUUGAUGUCCUGCAAUGGGCGAGAAGCAACGGAUGCCCCUGGGACGUAGCGACGUGCUUUCGUGCGGCUGAGGGUGGACAUCUCGAUGUCCUGCAAUGGGCGAGAAGCAACAGAUGCCCCUGGAACGAAACGACGUGCUGUUACGCGGCUGAGGGGGAACAUCUUGAAGUCCUGCAAUGGGCUAGAAACAACGGAUGCCUCUGGGACAAACGGACGUGCAAUCGCCGGGCUGAGGGGGGACAUCUUGACGUCCUGCAAUGGGCGAGAAGCAACGGAUGCCCCUGGAACGAAGACACGUGCCGUGUCGCGGCUUCCGGGGGAUAUCUUGAAGUCCUGCAAUGGGCGAGAAGCAACGGAUGCCCCUGGAACGAAGACACGUGCCGUGUCGCGGCUGAGGGGGGACAUCUUGAAGUCCUACAAUGGGCGAGAAGCAACGGAUGCCCCUGGGACGAAGGCACGUGCUUUCGCGCGGCUGGGGGGGGACAUCUCGAUGUCCUGCAAUGGGCGAGAAGCAACGGAUGCCCCUGGGACGAACGGACGUGCGGUGGCGCGGCUGAGGGUGGACAUCUUGAUGUCCUGCAAUGGGCUAGAAACAAUGGAUGCCCCUGGGACGAAUGGACGUGCCGUGGCGCGGCUGAGAGGGGACACCUUGAUGUCCUGCAAUGGGCGAGAAUCAACGGAUGCCCCUGGGACGAAGGGACGUGCCUUGCCGCGGCUUCGAGGGGACAUCUUGAAGUCCUGCAAUGGGCGAGAAGCAACGGAUGCCCCUGGGACGAAUGGACGUGCCGUGGCGCGGCUUCUGGGGGACAUCUUGAAGUCCUGCAAUGGGCGAGAAGCAACGGAUGCCCCUGGGACGAAGGCACGUGCAGUGACGCGACUUCCGGGGGACAUCUUGAUGUCCUGCAAUGGGCGAGAGGCAACGGAUGCCCCUGGAACGAAUGGGCGUGCGGUUACCCGGCUUCGGGGGGAUAUCUUGAAGUCCUGCGAUGCGCGAGAAGCAACGGAUGCCCCUGGGGCAAAUGGACGUGCCGUGGCGCGGCUGAGGGGGGACAUCUUGAAGUCCUGCAAUGGGCGAGAAGCAGCGGAUGCCCCUGGAACGAAGACACGUGCUUUGGCGCGGCUUCGGGGGGACAUCUUGAAGUCCUGCAAUGGGCGAGAAGCAACGGAUGCCCCUGGGGCGAAUGGACGUGCCGUGGCGCGGCUGAGGGGGGACAUCUUGAUGUCCUGCAAUGGGCGAGAAGCAACGGAUGCCCCUGGGGCGAAUGGACGUGCCGUGGCGCGGCUGAGGGGGGACAUCUUGAUGUCCUGCAAUGGGCGAGAAGCAACGAAUGCCCCUGGAACGAAUGGACUUGCAGCGGCGCGGCUGGGGGGGGACAUCUUGAAGUCCUGCAAUGGGCGAGAAGCAACGGAUGCCCCUGGGACGACUGGACGUGCAGCCGCGCGGCUAAGGGGGGACAUCUUCAUGUCCUGCAAUGGGCGAGAAGCAACGGAUGCCCCUGGGACGUAGCGACUUGCCAUGGCGCGGCUGAGGGGGGACAUCUUCAUGUCCUGCAGUGGGCGAGAAGCAACGGAUGCCCCUGGGACGAAUGGACGUGCAGUCGCGCGCCUAAGGGGGGACAUCUUGAAGUCCUGCAAUGGGCGAGAAACAACGGAUGCCCCUGGGACGAAUUGACCUGCAGUCGCGCGGCUAAGGGGGGACAUCUUGAAGUCCUGCAAUGGGCGAGAAGCAACGGAUGCCCCUGGACCGUAGCGACGUGCCAUGGCGCGGCUGAGGGGGGACAUCUUGAAGUCCUGCAAUGGGCGAGAAGCAGCGGAUGCCCCUGGAACGAAGACACGUGCAGUCGCGCCGCUAAGGGGGGACAUCUUGAAGUCCUGCAAUGGGCGAGAAGCAACGGAUGCCCCUGGGACGGAGCGACGUGCUUUCGUGCGGCUGAGGGUGGACAUCUCGAUGUCCUGCAAUGGGCGAGAAGCAACAGAUGCCCCUGGAACGAAACGACGUGCUGUUACGCGGCUGAGGGGGGACAUCUUGAAGUCCUGCAAUGGGCGAGAAACAACGGAUGCCCCUGGGACGAAUGGACGUGCCGUGGCGCGGCUGAGGGGGGACAUCUUGAAGUCCUGCAAUGGGCGAGAAUCAACGGAUGCCCCUGGGAUGAAGGGACGUGCCUUGCCGCGGCUUCGAGGGGACAUCUUGAAGUCUUGCAAUGGGCGAGAAGUAACGGAUGCCCCUGGGUCGAAGGGACGUGCAGUGACGCGGCUUCCGGGGGACAUCUUGAUGUCCUGCGAUGGGCGAGAAGCAACGGAUGCCCCUGGGAUGAGUGA